AUGCUGGUGUUCUUAGCUGCUCUAUGCACAACUCUUCUGGCUGCAGACAAAGAAAUAAGUGCAUGCCUUUACGAGUUCUAUCUUUCUACAAGCGGUCCAAAUUGGUAUUCGUCUGAGGGCUGGAACGUCUUAGCAGACGAGAGCGGAGAUUACUGUCUUGCCUACGGAGUUGAGUGCGAAAUCGACAACGAACUUGUGAGCAUAUCUAUGCCAAUGAACAAUCUUGUGGGGGAGCUUCCGGCCUGCUUUGCAACUCUUCAUACUCUAAAAGAGCUUUCUCUCCAAUCAAACUAUGUGAGCGGAUCCAUGAAGAACUUGCCACCUAAUCUUGUGAAGCUUUCAUUAAGCAUGACAUCAUUUACAGAUAUAACGUCCGACAUAUGCACUCUCUCGAGUCUGACCACUUUCAGCAUGUCCUACUGUGAGCUCACCAACGUGGUGCUGCCCUUAUGUCUAUAUAAUGUGCCAUCUAUAUCCAUUAUGAACUCUGGAGUCCGUCUUCCGGAGGAGCUCACAUCUUUGGACAUUGAAGUUGGCCGUAAAGGACUCAACAUUCCAGGCACUGACGCCUCUAGACUUAUAUUCAAUAUCCCUGCCGAUGAGAUACGCGGCCUCAGUACGCUGGACCUUUCUGGGACAGGCGUAUCUGGGAGCUUUAAUCUGAGCCAGCUCAUCUUUGCAUUCCCCAGGGUCCAAGACCUCUACUUGGGGGGAAACAAUCUUACAGGGUGGAUUGACUUUUCAACCUUUUCAAAACCAAUCCCGGCUUCUGUCCUUCGUACGUCCACAAUCAAUCUAGGGUCGAAUAGUUUCAAGGGAAUCUUAAACGGUAUUGCAGAGGUGUCCGUUCUGCUAGAAUCCUUCUGGUCUGACUUGUAUGGCAUCGAUCUAUCGAACAACAGCAUCAUUGGGGUCUCCCCUACCUCCGAGGAGCUCCAACUUCUUCUUCGCAAACACAAGGACUUCUACGUUCUAAAUCUGGAAAACAAUACGUUUCUGUGUUCAGAAGAGCGUACCAGUCUAUUUGAUUGUAUAGAUCUCCAAAUAACCAACAUCACGGCACACACGGCUCCUGUAUGCCCCGCGAUGAACGGUACCAGCACCAGCCCACUUAAACUUGAUACUAAGGUGCAGAUUGACAUGCUACUUCCGGGAGAAGUCCCAAAGGAUUUAGCAACAGAAUUUGUCGCCAAUCUGGGCCUUUUGCUUGUACCGUCUGAGGACUCAGCUGCUUCUGAAGUAGUAUCUCUAACAUUACUAGACACAUCUUAUGAUAAGACACAGGAUAACACCCUACUUAUCACAGUAACCUCCACCUCUUUAAAAGACGUCGACACAAGGGAGACGCCACAGUUUAAGCUGGUUUGGCCAAACAUGAACCUGACACUCAAAAUAAGGUUGCAAUCUCCGGAUGAGCCUGUUGUCGAGACUCAUCAGGUAAGCACUGUGUCUGGGAAAGACAACACCACAUCGACAAUGACAUUAGACGUUUAUGGAAUGUCUCGUUGCCCUUACUUUUCACAGAUUAUGGUGAACGAGAUCCAAUACCUGAUAGACACAUAUCCCAUGGCCACUAAGAUAUUAAAAAUUCGCUACGUGCCACUGUCCAAGCCGUCUAUAUAUACUUUGAGCGGAGGAUACUCAUCUCACGGGGCCGCAGAGGUCACUGGGGACUAUUACUUUCUCUGUUUACAAAACUAUACCGGUCUCAAUGCAACCAUCAUGCGCGACUAUUAUCUUUGUAUGUAUGGUGCUAAAGCCUCUGUCUCAGGGGUUCCUUACAACAUAACACGAUGCAACGCGAAGGUCUUGCGGCAGCAAUACAAUUUUACCGACACUGACAUCAAGAGUGUGACAGAUUGUUCGCAGUCUCGUGCAAAUACGCUAAUUAACGAAAGCUUCUCACAUGUAUUGGCAAACAAAGUGGGAUUCUCGCCGACUUUAUUCCUUAACAAUGAGCUAUUUUGCUUAGGUGGUGUAAAGUGUCUCUAUGACGACUCAUCCUACGAUCUGGAGACUCGCGUGGCCAACCUCGUCGACGUGGCUUGUUCUAUUUAUCAAGAAAAGUAUGGAGAAUACCCCAAUUGUACCCAGAAACUUGCCGCAGCUUCACAGUGCCCACUAGACAAGAUAAUAGUCGGAUCAACGUGUGUCCUGCAGAAGUCAAUUGUAAUAACUGUCAGCGUGUGCUGUGUGACGCUCCUGUUGCUGCUUGUUAUGUCUCUAAUACUUUAUAGUAUCAUUAAGGAGAGGCGGGCUAAAAACAAGUCUCACCGAGGGGUUCACAACGACAAAAUAGACGCGCUUCUAAUUGAUAAUAAUGGGUCGGUCAGCGACCCGGACUUAAUAUAA